ACUCACAGCCAAUCAGUGGCCUGUUUCCGUGGUAGCCUCUGCUGAUUGGCUGGUGGCUCUGCAAAUGUCAGAACUCAUGGGGGUUCCGCCACUAGCCAGAGCAGGCCACUCGGUUUGUUUUUUAACUCCUGGAUUCCCACAUAGAAAAGAGGACCGAUCUGCACAACAGUACCUGACUUCCCCCCCCCCAAUCCAUGUACUGGGGAAGAGGACCAACCAUGCCAGGAACAAGCCCAUCAUAUUAUAUUACAACAGCUAACACUAUCCGUGGUGGCAACACAUCUCUGGCUGUCCACUGGUUUGGGGACAAUUACACUAACAUUACGGUGUCUGCAGCAAUUAUGGAUGACAACAGACUUUUAGUAAAUGCAAGCAAAGUGUUUCAAAAUGAUUCUAUUGGAAUUCUCACUUUUCCAGCAAUCCCAGCAGACUCUUCAUCUUAUACUUAUAUUCUGGUUGUGAAUGGAUCCGCUCAGAAUACCUUGGUGUUUUCUGAUAAAAUGCAACUGUACAGGCAAAUGAAGAAUAUAUCCAUGUUCAUACAAACAGACAAAACGAUGUAUACGCUUGGAGAAAGUGUCAGAAUCCGAGUAAUCACUGUGACUCCCGAGCUGAAGCCACACCAUGGAGAUGUGGACAUUGUGAUAAGGGAUCCUAAGGACAAUAUUGUGCAGCAGAGGCUAAAAUUGAAAUCAGACCUGGGAGUUGUUUCAACAGAAUUCUUACUGAGCAAUAACGCUAUGUUGGGUGACUGGAUCAUACAAGCUACUUCCAACAACUCUUUAAGUACCGUUUACGUUUCAGUUGCUGAAUAUGCUAUACCAAAGUUUGAUGUAACACUGGAUGUUCCAGCUUUCUACAUUGGCACAAAGAUGCUCAAUCUUACUGGUGCAGUCACAGCAAAGUAUACCUUUGGCAAGCCUUUAAAAGGCAGUGUAACAGUAUCCUUGAAACCACUAUAUGCUGAAGUUUACAAUGAAGUUAACAAAACAUAUGAGAUAUCAGGCUCUGUAAACUUCAGCUUCACACAUGAAGAGAUAUUAAAUUUUCUUUCCUGGGGUGGUAUGAGUGUAACAGCCUCAGUAACUGAAGAAUUCACAGGAAUUGAAGUAAAUACAUCAUCCUAUGUCUCAAGAGCAGAUACAGAGUACAGACUAAACCUCAUUAGCCAGCAACAGGCUUUUACUCCUGGACUUAAUUUCUCAGUUCAGGUUCAGGUGGAACGGAUUGACAAUAAACCCCUGACUAUAGAGGAAAGAGGUACAAAGGUUUCUGUCAGAAUAACCCAGUCAACAGGCUCAUACAGGAUAAGCAGAGAAAUUAUUAAUGUUGGCACACAAGAUAACAGUUUCAUGUGGCAAUACUACAACAUACCAGACUCUGCCAUCAUCAACCUGGAAAUACCUGUUCUGCAGUCGGUACAAUCUAUACAAGCUGAGCUGGAGUACCAGAACACCACUCAGACAUUCUACUUUGACAAGUCAUAUGGGACAAAUCCUUUUAUUCAGAUACAAGCAUCAAAUUCAUCAUUAAAGGUUGGGAUGCCAUUCACUUUUCAAGUGAACACCUACCCAAAAGUUCAGGAUAUUUACUAUGUGGUGUUGGCCAAUGGAAUGGCAGUGUCUGCCGGCAAGAACAGAACCACAUUCACCCUCACACCAGGACAAUCUUGGGCUCCCACAGCUCAAUUAAUAGUUUAUUUCCUAAAUAUUAAUGGCAGCUUUGGAGAUAUUGUGCAAACUACUGAGACACUUAACAUUUCAGGCACAUUAAAGAACAAGGUUACUGUAUCAUGGAGUAAAAAAACAGCUGGACCAUCAGAAAAUGUAUCCUUAUCUGUCAAUGUUCUAGAAGCACGCUGUUUAGUGGGGUUACGUGUUGUUGAAAAAAGUUCCACACUUCUGGGAGAUAGAAAUGAUAUUACUGCAAAUAGAGUUGAUGAGGAGCUAAACAGUUACUAUCAGGAUGCUUCAACAAGUCUGUCUGAUGCCAUAAUCUAUUAUACAUAUGGGUCUAAUGUGAGGAUAAAGGAAGAAUGGAAUACACCCAGACAAGCCCAGCUUUUUUCCCCAGGAACAUGGAUUUGGCUAACAACUAAUAUAAGCUCCAGUCUCGCAACAAACCUCCGGUUAACUGUUCCUGACAAGAACACUACUUGGGUGGCCACAGCAUUUGUUAUUUCCGAAGGACUUGGACUAGGCAUAACAGAUGGACCUGCUGAGAUAUCGGUUGUUAAACCUUUGAUUAUUACAUUCAACACGCCAUUUUCACUAACACGAGGUGAAGAGUUUAUUCUAGAAGUUAUUGUAUUCAAUUCCUUAAAAGAAAACUUACAGGUUGUGGUCACUUUGGAAUCAAGUAAUUCAUUUGAAAUAAUUGUACCAAAUAAGAAUACUGGUACUGUAGCAGGUCAGCAGGAUGUGACUGUCCCCAGUGAGGGUGUAACAACUCUGCUCUUCCCAAUAAAGCCAAUACUUCUGGGCAACAUCACAAUCACAGUCAAAGCAACAUCAGCAGUUUCUGAUAGUUUAACAAAAACAGUCAUUGUGAAGGCUGAAGGAGUGAAGAACUUUUAUUCACUGACAGAACUAUUCCAGGUUCUUCCAAGUGGAAAUGCAAAUAGCACUGUAUCGAAGAACUUCUCAUUCACUUUUCCUAGUGAUGUGGUGCAAGGCAGUCAGGAAGCCUUUAUAACAGUUACUGGAGAUCUUCUUGGUCCUUCAAUAAAUGGUCUUCAGUCACUUAUCCUGAUGCCUUACGGCUGUGGAGAGCAAAACAUGAUUAAUUUUGCACCAAACAUUUAUAUUCUCAUGUAUUUAAUAACAACGAAGCAGAUUAAAGCAGAUAUUCAAGCAAGAUCAAUAAACUUCAUGGAACAAGGUUACCAAAAUGAAUUGACUUACUUGCGAUAUGAUGGGUCAUUUAGUGCAUUUGGGAAUUCUGAUGCCAUUGGAAGCACUUGGCUUUCAGCAUUUGUGUUUAGAUGUUUCCUCCAGGCUCGGCCAUUUAUAUACAUAAAUUCAGAUGUUUUAAAUGGGACAGUAGAAUGGUUGGUGCAGUACCAGGAUAUGAACACCGGGGUAUUCUCUGAGCCUGGGCGUGUUAUUCACAAAGAACUCCAGGGAGGUCUGAACGGCCCCGUCACCCUGACUGCUUAUAUACUGACCUCACUGCUAGAGGAUGAAUAUUACAGAAACCGUUAUCACUCCAGAGUUCUUAAAGCCGUGCAGUAUCUUGAAGGAAAGUUUUCAGAAGGAAUUUCCAGCAAUUACACGUUGUCAGUUGUUGUCUAUGCUCUGUCACUGGCCAAUAGCACCAAAGCAGCGGAAGCACUCAACCAGCUCGAUUCAAGGGCAACCAAAUCAAGUAUAGGGACAAAGUACUGGUCUUCUUCAUCUGAAACUACAAGUUACUACUGGCAGCCAAGAACUGCAGAUAUUGAGAUGGCAGCCUAUGCCCUGCUUUCCUUCUGCCAACAGAACAGAAUUACAGAGGGCAUUCCUGUCAUGAAAUGGCUGAGUGAGCAGAGGAAUUCUCUUGGGGGCUAUUCAUCUACUCAGGACACAGUGAUGGCUUUGCAAGCUCUAUCCCAGUUUAUGUCGGUGGUGCCCUCUAGUGAAACAUCACUAACAGUGACCGUUACUGGACCAUUUGUACCGAGAACAUUUGGUAUUAAUUCCAACCUUUUAGUGUUACAAAGUCAGCAGAUUGAAGUUGCCCAGCCACUGUUACUCAAUGUUACUGCGACUGGAAGAGGACUGGCUCUUGUCCAGCUUAACGUAGCAUAUAAUCGUAAGGCAUCCUCAAGGCGUAGACGAAGCACUGCUGUGCCAGAAGCAUUCAAAUUAAAUGUGACGGUGAAAGAGGAUCCGAGUAACAUUCAUAGACUUUCUGUGGAUGUAUGCAUGAGCUACCUUGGUGAGGAUAAAGAGAGUGGCAUGGUGCUCCUAGAGGUUGGAUUUCUCAGUGGCUUUAAAUUAAGCCCAGAAGGAAUCCCCACAAAUGAGCCUCUUAAAUUGGUGGAGCCAAAAGAUGAUAAAGUUUACUUGUAUCUUGAUUCGCUGACCAACAGUGAUUUUUGUGUAUCUGUUCCAAUGGUCCGUUUUGUAAAAGUUGCAUCUUCUCAAGACGCUGUGGUGACCGUUGUAGAGUAUUAUAACACAAGAAACACAGCAACACGAACCUAUAAUUCUCUUACAAUGAAAAAGACAUCUUAUUGUGACUUCUGUGGAUUCAACUGCACUCAGUGUAGAUCAAAUAUUCCAGAAAAGCCUCAUACUAGCGGUGCCACUGCACCAACGUUCCCCAUGCUGUGGUUUGUCAUGCUUUUAGUAUGUUACUUGUUGUAAGCAGCAUCAUAGCAUACUAUUACUGACAUAAUACUUUACUAUUUUGAGAGCAUUAUUCAAAUUAUACAACUACAGAUUUACCUGUUCAAAAUCAAUGUUAAAAGAAUGUAAAUUCUAGUUCACAAAAUACUUGUAAUUAUACUAUAACCAUGUGAUACAGAUGACCAUUAUGGUCAAGUUAAUGAUGAUUAAUUUCCAUCAUGGCCACAAGUUUGUAACCUCCUGGGACAUGACAUAUAGCUAUGUGUGUAUAUUUAUAAAUUGAUUAUGACACUAUGGGAGAGACUCAGCUUUUUCCCAUGACGCUACAGACUAAAGGGCGCCUGAUGGAGCGAGUCAAUUUUUGCUCCGUUCGGGCGCCCAUUAGCCGCGGGAGACAUCUCCUGAGGUGGCGAGCAGAAAAGUGCAAAAAGUGUCUCAUUUGGGCACGUAACAGGCACUUAUCAUGUUGUGCCAAGUACUUAUCAUGUUGUGCCCAGUACUUUAGUUGGGUAUAUAUAUAUAUAUAUAUAUAUAUAUAUAUAUAUAUAAUAUACUGUGUAGAAUGCGGGUGUGGCUUCAUUAUAUAUAUAUAUAUAUAUAUAUA